AUGGCCGCCGGCUACCGCGGGACGGUCGAGGGGCCCAAAGUCCUGCAGCCCUCGGUUCUCUGGGCGCAGCGCAAGGAUUCGAUCUUCGUGACGGUUGAUGUCAAGGACGCGAAAGACGUGUCCGUUCAGCUGGAGGAUGAAAGCCUCAACUUUUCCGCCAGAGGUGGCGAGGACGGUGCGGCCUACUCAUUCAACCUGGACCUCUUUGCGCCGAUUCGGCGGGAGGCCAAGAAGGAACUGGGCGUGAAGCUGUAG